UUGAAAUUAGAAAACUGUUAUGAUUUCUGAGUUUUACACUAUUCCAAAAUGAUUUGUCUGAGAUACUUAUAAUAAGCCCGACAAUCAUUUUUAACUAAAAAAAUGGAGAAUCAGCUUAGUGUGGAAGUAAUGCUUAAGUUAGAACAAAAUGGAUCUUUUAUUACUUUUUCUUUUCUUUCUUUUCUCUUUUGAGGAUUCUUAAUUACACUUGUAAAGCAAUUGCUAUACUACUAAUUGAAAUUAAUUAAUUCAUAUGGAAAAAGCCGACAAAAUUAACAAGGAAGGAGUCAUCAAAGUGGGGUUUAGUGCCGUCACCUGUGUUGUGCAUAAAUGAAUAAGUAUAUUUUCAAAGGCUCGCUCUUUUUAGCUUUAACUCGAGAGAUUGCUCUUGUUAAUCCAUUCAAGAAAGGCCCAGAUUGUCUUUUCCAUCAACUCGUAGUUUUCACUUUCUGAUUUGGUUCACCCCCAUUCAGCCUAAAAAAAGUAACAUUACUUCACGUAGUUGAAUUCCCUUUUCUUGAGAACAGAGUGUUUUGUUUCUAGAUACAAGAAUUUUAAUAAUGGAUAGCAGCAAUACUACAAGAACCCAAUUUAAGAGAAUCUGUGUUUUCUGCGGCAGCAACCCGGGCCACAGGAAAGUCUUCAGCGAUGCUGCUGUUGAAUUGGGCAAUGAACUGGUUGGUUUUUACUCUUAUUUAUGAUGGGAUAAGGCGACUGCCUUAAUAUUUGAUUGAUUGACUGUUUUUGGUUGAUGUUCGUUUUUUUGUAAAUUGAUUGUCGCAUUUGCAGUUGGAUUAGUAUGAAUUUCUCAAUUGGGUUUUUGAUGUUUUUGAAAAAGUUUCAGUCUUUGCAAUAGGAGGGACUAUUUAGUAUUUAACCUCUGGCAAACUAACGUAAAAUUUAGUGAAAUUGUGUUUAGUUUUGGAGUCAUGUAAUGGUGGGUUGUAUCUCUGUAGUAAACUGGUCUUCCACAAUUUGACGUUGGUAGUUUCUCCAAGGUUCAAAGAUUGGUUAUCUUGGUACUGUGGAUUGAGUUCUUCUUGUGGUCUUUGGGAAUGGAUUGGUUUUCUUCUCAGUUUGACUAUUUCCAUAGUGUUUGUAGGGUCUUGCUAUUUGACUUUGUGAAUAUUUCAUUUCAGGUCACUCGGAAGAUAGAUUUGGUUUAUGGUGGUGGAAGUGUUGGUUUGAUGGGGAUGAUCUCCCAGAGAGUGUUUGAUGGAAAUUGCCAUGUUCUUGGGGUGAUUCCAAAAGCUCUAGUACCGAUUGAGAUCUCCGGUCAAACUGUUGGGGAAGUACGAAUUGUUGCAGACAUGCAUGAGCGUAAAGCUGAAAUGGCGCGAGAGGCUGAAGCUUUUAUUGCUCUUCCUGGUGGUUAUGGAACUAUGGAAGAAACAUUGGAGAUGAUAACAUGGUCACAACUUGGCAUCCACAAAAAACCAGUCAGUCUUGAAUUGUGUGUUCAUUCUCUGAAUAAAUUUAUAUAUCUCAAUGUCUUAACUACUGAAUUGUUCAUACAGGUAGGCUUACUCAAUGUAGAUGGUUACUAUAACUCUUUGCUAGCAUUGUUUGAUAAUGGUGUUCAAGAAGGCUUCAUCAAACCAGGUGCUCGUCAAAUAGUAAUUUCUGCUCCAACGGCAAAAGAAUUAUUAGAUAAAAUGGAGCAAUACAUUCCUUCCCAUAAUCAAGUUGCCCCUCAAGAGAGCUGGAAAAUGAAGGAACUGGGGAGCUAUCCAAGUGAGAAAAAUCCCAAGUGAAAUCCUAGUUUGUGGUAGGCCAAUCUCCAGAGUAGAUUCCUGAUAUGAAACAUCAUUAUUUGAGUUUGUGUGAGAUUCUGGUCAUUUGGGGCCACAGAUAAUACAUUACUAUGUGACCCCUAAAUCAUUCUUUUGAUUGAAAUAGAAUUUUCAUAUCUGUUUGGUACAGCUAACUCUGAUUAAUGUUAUCAGAUAAUUCAGAUAGUGAACUCUCUUAUUUGUUUUUCAUAUUGGUAGUUGAUCAUUUGGCCAAAACACAGUAACACAGUGCCUUGUGAAACUGUUUAGAUGGUCCCAUUAAGCAGUGAAAUUCACCACAUUUGAAUGGCUAUAGUUAGAACUUAGAGCUUAUCUCCUUAACAACUCAAACUUAUUCCUGUCCACAAAUUUAAGAAAAAAG